AUGGUACAGAAGUAUCAGUCUCCCGUGCGCAUCUACAAGUACCCAUUCGAGCUGGUCAUGGCGGCCUACGAGAAGCGCUUCCCCACCUGCCCGCAGAUCCCGGUCUUCCUGGGCAGCGACGUCCUGCGCGAGGCCCGCAGCGCCGACGGGGCGGUGCACGAGGUGGAGCGGAGCUGCCGGCUGCGCGUGGAGGCCCCGCGGCUGCUGCGCAAGAUCGCGGGAGUGGAGCAUGUGGUCUUCGUGCAGAGAAACGUGCUGAACUGGAAGGAGCGGACGCUCCUCAUCGAAGCCCACAAUGAGACCUUCGCCAACCGCGUGGUGGUCAAGGAGAACUGUAGCUACACGGUCCACCCCGAGAACGAAGAGUGGACUUGCUUUGAGCAGUCUGCCUCGCUGGACAUCCGCUCCUUCUUUGGCUUCGAAAGUGCCUUGGAGAAGAUCGCCAUGAAGCAGUACACAGCCAAUAUCAAGAGGGGGAAGGAGGUGAUCGAGCAUUACCUGAACGAGCUCAUUUCCCAGGGAGUCUCGCACAUUCCCCGGUGGACGCCUUCCCCGGUGCGCGAGGAGAACGCCCGCUCCCAGGCCGGGCCACGGGCCCCCCGCUCCAUGCAGGCGGCCGAGCCCUGCAGUGGCCCGGGCCCAGCUCCUGAAGCCGCCUGCACCGAUGGUGACAAGCUGGACGCGGACUACAUCGCGCGGUGCCUGGGCCGUCUCACCCCCAUGCAGGAGAGCUGCCUGGUCCAGCUUCGGCACUGGUUGCAGGAGACCCACAAGGGCAAGAUCCCCAAAGAUGAGCACAUCCUCCGGUUCCUGCGGGCUCGCGACUUCCACCUGGACAAGGCCCGGGAGAUGCUGCGCCAGUCCCUGCUCUGGCGGCGGCAGCACCAGGUGGACGUCCUUCUGCAGACCUGGAGGCCCCCCGCCCUCCUGGAGGAGUUCUAUGCGGGGGGCUGGCACUACCAGGACAUAGAUGGCCGCCCCCUCUACAUCCUGCGCCUGGGCCACAUGGACACCAAGGGCUUGAUGAAGGCCGUGGGGGAGGAGGCCCUGCUGCAGCACGUUCUCUCCGUCAACGAGGAAGGGCAGAAGAGGUGUGAAGGGAACACGAAAGAGUUUGGUCGUCCCAUCAGCUCCUGGACCUGCUUGGUGGACCUGGAGGGGCUCAACAUGCGGCACCUGUGGCGGCCGGGCGUGAGGGCGCUGCUGCGCAUGAUCGAGGUGGUGGAGGACAACUACCCCGAGACCCUGGGCCGGCUGCUGAUCGUGCGGGCGCCCCGGGUCUUCCCUGUGCUCUGGACGCUGAUCAGCCCCUUCAUCAAUGAGAACACCAGGCAGAAGUUCCUUAUCUAUAGUGGCAGCAACUACCAGGGCCCAGGGGGCCUUGUGGACUACCUGGAGAAAGAAGUGAUCCCCGACUUCCUUGGGGGAGAGUGCGUGUGUAACGUUCCGGAAGGAGGGCUGGUGCCCAAGUCCCUCUACUUGGCGGAAGAGGAGCAGGAGCAUGCAGACCAGCUGCGCCAGUGGCGGGAGACCUACCAGUCAGCCAGCGUGCUUCGCGGGGCCCCCCACGAGGUGGCCGUGGAGAUUCUGGAGGAGGAGUCGGUCAUCACCUGGGACUUCGACAUCCUCCGGGGGGACGUGGUGUUCAGCCUGUACCACGCCAGGCAGGCGGCCAGGCCGGGCCCCCGGGAGCCGGCGGACCACAGCAGGGUCCUGGGCACCGACUACAGCCGCGUGGAGGCCCCCCUCAUCUGCCGGGAAGGGGAGAGCAUCCAGGGCUCGCAUGUGACCCGCUGGCCCGGCGUCUACCUGCUGCAGUGGCAGAUGCACACCCCCCCGGACAGCGCGGCCUGCGGCCUCCAGGGCGCAGAGGAUGUCCUGGCUGCCCGGCACAGCCCUGGGCCCAGGUGCAAGCUCCUCUACUACUAUGAGGUGCUGGCGUCUGAGGACUUCAGGGGCUCCAUGUCCAGCCUGGAAUCCUGCACCAGCGGCUUCUCCCAGCUCAGCGCCACCACCUCUUCCUCCUCCUCCGGCCAGUCCCACAGCAGCUCCCUGGCCUCCAGAUAGCCAGCCCUGAACCCAGCGGGGCAGCUACUGGCCUCCAGCAUCCAGAAGUGGCCAGGACAGAAAGCUGGCUGGCCUCGGGGCCUGGACCGUGGGGGCUGCAGCCUGGGUCUGGUUGCUCCUGAAGUCCGGGUGUCUGGAACCAACAGCAAUGACCCAGCUGGUGGAUUCGGGAGGUUGCAGGACAGAACCAUCUUCUUCAGACUUCCAAACAAAAAGCCAAUGGAUGCCUUCCCCAUGCAGGGAGCCUAUCCCCUGAGGCUCCCUCCCUCUCCCCUAGGACCCUAUGAAGGCAAAGCGCAUCCAUCUCAGAUCGUCUUACCAGCCUGCUUGAGCACCAGGGUCCCUGAACCCUAGUUGCCGGGGGAACGGAGAACACGGAUUGGCCAGCAGCGUCCUCUGUCUAAUCUGGACCAAUCUCUGUGUGGGGAGGGGAGAUGCGGUGCUUGGUCCUGAUGCCAUCUGUUCUGGAAAGCACAAGUAGGGUGUCUUUAGGAAUAUUGGGGUCCCUUCCAGAAAUGGGGGAGAGAGUUCUGGGUUAAGAAAAAUAAUGGGUGCUCACCAUAAUAACUGGUUCCGUGGUGAU